CCAUCGUUUUGAAGCCCUUACCUGCUCUUGUCAUUGUGUCUUCGUCUAUACCUUUUUUUCUUCUUCGUCUUUUGUUGUCACCAGCAAGCUGUCCCGCCCUCGUCAACGCACACAACUACGACGACAAUAUUGCAUAGCAGAUUUCCAGAAUGGGUAUCCACGGAUUAGUCUCGGUCGGUGUGCCGGCCGGCCAGCCCGUCUGGCUCCUCUACAUCAAGGGCGCCAUCCUCGUCCUCUCGGUCGUCAUCCUCGGCCUGGCAGCUUGGUCAAUCUCUAUUUUCGGAGGCUAUAACGGCGUUCUUGUCUAUGGCACCGGCGCUGGCGGUCUCGUCAUCUUUGUGGUUAUCAAGACUUGGAUCGUCUACGGUGGCGCGCUCGCUCUCGAGAUCUGGGCGCCCCAAUACUUCUAUCGCAUUGCCGCUUUCGUCCUCUACAUCCUCUCCAUCAUCUUUUGGCUCUCGGCCUGGGCCUGGUCCGCCAGCCUUGCAGGCCUCUGGCUCGGUUACAACACUCUCGGCGGCGUUCUCCCCAAGGAGUACAAGGACGAGGGCUCCGCCCUUGGAGCGUGCGCUGGCCUCGGCGCCCUAGUUUGGUAAGCUCUGCGAAGAUCAUUUCUGGGCGGGGGUGCAUUGGAACCAAAGGAACCGCAGUCCAAGGCUUGGUCCGCCCAAUGAGCGCGGCCGGGAACUCGCGUCCUGAAACCCCGCACUCUCUGCACCCCAAUUAUAGCUGAGACGUGGGAGGGUGUGGAGAUCACCUGAACAACUUGUCCAUCCAUGGGGAGCACGUUAAAAUGAAGGCCAAUUAGCUAACCCCA